AUGGAAGCUGGGAUAUAUCAGCAGGUGUUGAAUGGUGAACUUGACCUUGAAUCAGACCCAUGGCCAAGUAUAUCUGAAAGUGCAAAAGAUCUUUUUAAAGGAAUGCUCGUAAGAAACACCAAAAAGAGGAUGACAACAAGUCAAGUUCUGAAUCACCCAUGGAUUCAAGUUGAUGGUGUUGCUCCAGAUAAGCCUCUUGAUACUGUUGUUCUAUCUCGCUUGAAGCAGUUUUCUGCUAUGAACAGAAUCAAGAAGAUAGCCAUAAAAGUUAUUGCUGAGAGUCUAUCUGAAGAGGAGAUUGUUGGAUUGAAAGAGAUGUUCAAGAUGAUGGACACAGAUGGCAGUGGUCAAAUCACAUUAGAGGAAUUAAAGGAAGGGUUGGUAAAAGCAAGCGCCAACUUUAAGGAUUUAGACAUGAACAAACUUAUGGAAGCGGUAGGUAAUUCACAUUAA